GUUUGGUUAAAAAACGAAAUGUAGAAACGGGCACAUUGGCGACGACGGCCCGUUGUGUCGCCGCAGCCGUUGUGCGGCCGUGGGAUGCGGUGGUGGUGGGAGGAGCGCUGCAUGGCAAGCUCGCGCACGCACGAAACGCUGGCGUUUGGCGCUGCUUCCUGCGAGAACGUGCACGCUAUAUGCCCUCGUGCUUCAUGGGGGUUUCGUUUGGCUUUGUGGCCGGCCGCGACGAACGUUAAUUUGUGAAACCACGCGUCGACUGCUUUGGACGGUCUCGAUCUCCAAACGGUGGUGUUGAGCUCACAAUGAUUCACGUCUCGAUCAUUACGUUGUGGAUAAGCUUGGUGUCGAUAUCAUGCGUGUGGGGGUUGACACCUGUGGUGGUCACCCUUGGCGACUCCCUCACCGAGUACGGCGGCGACGCAGGCGACUCCGGAUGGGUUUGGAUGCUCAGUCAAGACUACCGGGACAAGGCUCGUGUUGUCAAUUGGGGCCACGCAGGCUGGAACACUCAGCAAUGGGUACCCGAAGUUUCCUUCGUGAUCGAUUCAUUUCGCGGCAAAGAGCCUCCCGUUCUGUUUACGCUCUUUCUUGGCGCGAACGAUUGUGCACUAGACCAGUACACACCUCCGCAUGUCCCCCUGGCACAGUACCAAACCAACCUUGAAUCGAUUGUUCUCGCGCUGCAAAGCGCGUUUCCAGCGUCGGCAAUCUUACUCAUCACGCCUCCCUCCGUGGACGAUAUCUUGUUGGCUCAAUAUCGAUCGAACGCCAGAACCGGGGCGUAUGCCGCUGCAUGCAUUGCCCUCGGUACGCGCUCGUCAACUUGCUCCUCGCGUUCCCUUCAUUGUGUCGUAGGGAAACAAAUGAACAUACCUGUCGUGGACCUGUGGACGCCAACUCGACACCGAGUGACGACGUUACUCAAAGACGGCAUACAUUUCAACCGCGAAGGCAAUAUUGUCGUACAUGAAAUCAUCACCGCUGCGAUCGAAGACAACUUUCCCAUGCUCAUGCCAUGGACGAUUUCACAUCUCGGUGUCCCGUUCUAGUAAGCUGACUCAAUGCGCUGCGUGACGGCGGAAAAGCACCGCUGCUUCCUUCGCGGUCGGUCCAGCGACGCUCGCAUUGCCCUUGUGAGAAUGUGGCAUCGCAAGAGGUCUCUUCUAUCGGGGUCUCGUUCGCUAGAUAUCGGGAAAAUCCGGAUAAUUAACGGAUGUUCCUACAUUGUGGC